AUCAAAUAAUAAAUGUGGAGUUUAAGUGUAUCACAACUCAUAAAUUGAUUAGGUUACGUGAGUUUGUGGGAAUACAAUGAUUAUAUAUUCUCAAAAGUGAUAUAUAUAUUUUUUCUUUCAAACAAGUUCGAUGGUUAAGCUAAAAUCGAAAAUAUAUUAUAGGGCUAAUACCACUACAACACCCAAACUAUCCGUAAAAUACCACUUGUGUCCUAUUGUUUCCAAUAUUCCAUUCAUGUCAUGAACUAUUAUAUUUUGUGCCAUUUGUAUCCUGUCAAUUUCGUUGACCGUUAAAGAUAACAGUUGACCAAACGGCGGUCAACUUAACAUUGACUUUUGCUUAUGUGGCAAUGCCAAGUCAUUGACACCUCACAUUUUUAAUUUAAAUUAAAUAAAACUAUGAAAAUAAAAAUUUGAAAAAACUUUAAAUUCAAGAAUAUUUUUUAACCUAAAAUUAAUAUUACUUUAAAAAGUAACAACAAUAAAUUGAUAUUAAGAAUAAAAUAAAAAUUGCUCUCCAAUCUCCUCUUCUCUCCGCCUCCGUUCUUCCUCUUCCCCGACUGCAAAAUUGACGAGUUUGACGAACGCCGGUAGGCGACUGAGGCAGGGGAGAUCGACGCGAGACUUGUCCUUGGCUCUAUGUUCGCCGACGACAACUUUUAUAGGCGAUUACAGGAUUCAGACCACCGAACCUGCAAUCUCUCUUCCCCCACCGCAAACCUCUAGAUCUGACACAAGAUCACCUACUUUAACUCACGGGCGCUUCCUCGCCUCAACGUUGCUGCAGCCUUCUCCACAACACAGUUGGUCCCCAAAAUCGUUGUGUUAGAACCCUAAUCUCCCAAUCGUACUCACUCUUAUCUCUUCUCCCAGCAGCUAUGGCCCUGAAAUCCAACGAUGACGGUGGGCCAGAAGCUCCGUCGCCCGCCAUCGUGGAUACAGUCGCCGAAAUCAUGAGGCUCUCCAGAUCCCUCCCGCCGAGGCCUUCUAUCGAUGAAGUGGAGGCCGCCGUCGUCGUGGUCAAGUCGAUCCAAAACGAAGAGCAGGCGAAGCUGGAAGAAAUCUCCAAACACCAGCGCCCGCCGGAUGUGCCAGAGGAGCUCUUCGCCCUGCUGCAGCAAGUGAGGAGGACGGUGUCUGGUUACCAUUGUCGUGAGCAGAGCAGAGAGGCGGCUCGCUUGGAGGAAACCCGUACUUUCAAUCAUUGAGCGAGCUCGAUGAAGCAGAGAAGCAGCGAGAGGGAGUUAGCGGAGGCGGUGGGAGUAGGGGAGUGAAUCGUCUAUCCGGCGGUUUCAGUGGAGCGGAGGAGCUUAGGGAGGUUAGGCUUUGUGGUGUGGUGGUGAAUUGUAGAUCUGGAUCUUGGGGAAGAGGUUGGUGGGACGAGGGGUGGGUUAAAUUUUUUAUUUUAUUUUUUAUUUUAAUUAUUUCCUUUUUCUUAUUUAGUAAUAUCAGAUAGAAAAAUAAAUAAAAAUUAAUAUUAAAAAUUUCACGUCAGAUGCCACAUCAGCACUGACUGGAUUUUCUGUUAAAAACUAACGGUCAACAAAAGUCAACACUAACGGAAUCAGAGUUCAGGACACAGAUGGAAUAUUGGAAACAAUAGGACACAAGUGGCAUUUUCGCGAUAGUUCGGGUGUUGUAGUGGUAUUAGCCCUAUAUUAUAUGAUCAUAAGAGAAUGCAAUGGUUUUGUAACAAAACAUAUUUAAUGUCAGAAGUGAAUGAUAAAAAAUCAAUAACUAAUAAUUUCAUUAAGGAUUGAGAAUCAUAUAAGUAUAAAAAUGAAAGACUAAAUAUCAUUGACCAAUGAGUCUUACAUCAUUAACUAAUGUUUGAAUUUAACAAUUAAAGUUAGAGUUUAAGGUUCAUAAUCAUCUAUCGUUGUCCUCGGUGCAUUUUUUUUUAUCGUAGAGUUUAACGUUUUGAUAACUAGGGUCUAGUAUUUGCUCAUUUUAGUUUAAGUUAUAUGAUUCGCACAUUCAAAAAAUAGGAUUUAAAGGGCCAGAGAAUUAGGGUUUAGGAUUAAAAAUGAUAUAUUAUAUUCACUGAGAAAAUUUCUAAAUGUUGUAAUCCAAGACCAAGCAUUGAAAAUGAUAGAAACAAAAUAGGUGUCAGUGCUUCUUAAAUCUUUACACAAAAUCCUAUGCCGAAACUUACACGCCUCCGUUGAGGUCAUGAGUCAAAUUAGAUAGUGGAAGCAUCAUUAGUUGGUAUGCAAAAUAUUAAGAAUUUUCAACACAGUUUUAUGAAAGAGGAAAUAGAAGAAGAGGUUAGGGGAAGCUGGGAGCGAUUGAGCUUUGGAGUUUGAGAGAAUUCUAGAGAGUGGAGAGGGAAGUUCAGGUUUGUCUCUAGAGACUGCAUGCUCCUUUUGUGUAGAAAAAAAAAAAGGUUUAAUACACUUGUAUAUCUAAAACUUUCACGAUUGUGCCAAUAAUUGAGGGGAAUGUGAUUCCGGUGUGACGAGAGGUUGAAUCAGUUGUUGAAAUUGAGAAUUUUACAGUGGGGAUGUUCUUUCAUGGUUUGCUCUGUAAAUUGAGAAAUUGAUCAGCAGCACAUAAAUAGCAGCGAUAGCGAGCUGGGCGGUGGGGGGUCGGGGUUGGAUCGCUUGCCGCCAACAUAAACGCAGCGACAACGAGGUAGGUGGCAAGAUUCUGGUUCUGGGUGGGGUGGGUAAUUAACGGUGACUAGCUGGGAUGGGGAUGAUUUGAAAAUGAUCAGGGAUGGAUUGGUGGGAGCGGAAGAGGUGGGCGGCGACAGGCGGGGUAGGGUUGAGGUGAUAAUUUGCUUAAGUUUCGUUACAAAAUAAAUAUAGAGGUAAAAG